AUGCUCUUAAUUCAUUGUAGCUCGAUCCUCAAAUUCCAAGAACUUGAGCCUCCAGAAGCAGAAGAGUCGCACAGCGCCUCCACCACACCACCAACGAAUCAGAUCAUCAGACCAGCCUCGCCUUCACCACACCACCAACGUGAGCAAUCAGAUCAUCAGACCAGCGCGCGCGAUCAGGCACAGGCAGUCAACUCUAGUCCAGUGCAGUCCACCAACAGGCAGUCGACUCCAGUCCAGUGCAGUCCACUAGCAGCGACUCCACGAGGUCUAUCACUUUGAUGUAUUCUAUGCCCACGAUCCUUAGAAGCGGAAUGUAUCCAAACAUUCUCUUUAUCAAAGAAUAAUUGUUCGUUAGAGUCAGGCAGUCCCCUGGACAUGUGGCCCGACUGAAGCUGCUUGGGGCUGUACCGAGCUCCUUAUUCUCGAGCAGGCACAUGUUACCAUGUUGGAGCAUCUCCAACACCCUUGCCAACCACUGUCUUUUAGCCAUUUUAGCGAGUAAACACUCUGUUCGUGUGCUUCAAUGCCAUCGCCAUUCAGCUCGCCAAAAUAGCCGAAAUAUUUUUCCUCGCCAAAUCUGCUGAGGGCAAUCCACUCACCAUUCAGCUGCCUUCCUUCCAUUUCUACACAACGACACAACCGUCCUUCCAUUUCCUCCUUCAGCUGUGUUUGGUGAUGAAGCUAUGUGUUAUUGUUUUUGAUUAAGCUGAUGAGCUAUGGAGUUCUGUGUUGAGUUGUUGAUUGGUUGAGGUGGAGAAGUGGUGAUCUGGUUGAGUCUGUUUGACAUUAUCUGGUUGUAGCUGGUUUUUUGAUUUGGACAAUGGUCUGUGUCAGUGGUGUUCUGCUGUGAGUUUGGAGAGUAGUGCUAGGGGCUGAGUGCAUUUGUUGUGCAUUCUAUAUGUCUGGUCUGUUUUUGCAGUAGGGGAUUGGAGGUUUCUGGAUUGGAGGGUUGCUGUGGACUUUUUGCUGGUCUGGUGUGCUGUUCUGCUCUGCUUCAGUAUGUUGUCUGCUUUUCUGGCAAAUUGCUGUUGUGAGUUGUGCUGAGUAAGCAAGGGACUAGGCUGUGUGGGGUUCAUAGCAUGCUGGAAUGGGGUUUUCAGCAGCUGCGGGAAACUGAUCUUGACUGUCUGAAGCUAGUUCUUUUAGGCUGAGGUGGUUUGAAGCUUCAGUUUUGAUGACAAGAGGAGUUGGGCUGCAGUGGAAGAAGCUAAGCUAGGAGGACUCUCUUUCACAACUAGAAAAGGGAUUGUUUGCAGAGUGCCAGAAAACAAUUGCUUGUCUUAGCCGACAGUUGAAAUCUCUUGCAACCCUGGAAGACUACAAUAUUCCAACAGAGUAAGAGCAGGAGUUGAAGCGAAGAUCAAUGAUAGUGAGGAACAAAAAAAAAACCAAAAAGCAAUAAAGGAAACUGAUUUUGAGUCUUAUAUGAUUGUAAAGCAGGGGCUUAGUCAUUAUUGUUAGAAACUAAGCAUUGAAAGUGUAUCAGCUUUGUAUUUAGAUACAUGUUCCCUCUUUCAACUUGAUUUGUGCAAUGACCUUUGAUUUCUUAGUUCUGUGACUGCGAAUUUUGUAUUACACAACUUCAUAUUAUAAAAUCAUUACCAAGCUUUUGU